AUGGGGAUUCCAUGGCGCAGCGCCCGUGCGUGGUUGUGGAAGGCGUUGGACCCACAUGAGGCGACAGGUGAGGCGACCGCGCCCGAACUAGACAACGCAGAUGCCGGGGAGGAAGUUGCUAAGAAAGAUGGAGCUUCGUCUCCAUGGAAGAGCAGUGGAAAACAGAUUGGAGCGGCUAAGGUUAUGAUUCUUGGCUUUUUAGUGAUACUUGUGUCGGGGGCUCGCUUCAUUAUGUCGAAGAGGUCGCGACCCAACGUAACGGCCCCACAUCUACCAGUGGACGAUGCGAGCAUGGAGCACUAUUUGGAUGAUUUCAAUAAAGCAGCGGAUGAGAUGAAGAAUGCCUGGGAAUCCUCAGUACAGCCCGUACGGCGGGCUUUUCAAUUACACUUCACACCGUCGCUUGAGGAAGGUCAAGAGCUCCCUCAAGACCCGCUGGCAGCAAUUAGUGAGCACGUGGCCAAGAUGCGAGACUGCGAAGUUCCAUCUGCUUCUCCUGUGGAGGCACGAAAUGAUUUCGCCCAACACCUGCAACUUCUACACAGCAUCUGCCGUAUAGUCAGGCUUCGCCUUGACGAAUUGAAGUGGUUCGUGCUUGUGAAUGAGCGGAUAAAAGUACCCGUCCCUGUUCCUGGAUACGACACGCCUUAUAGCUACCCUGCUCUUGAAGUGCUCGAGGGAAAGGUAGAAGGCGGCUUGACGGCGACUAGCUUCUUGAAAUCCGUGGGGCUGUUUGGAGGUGAGCCCACGCAGCAAGUAGAUGAAAGGAUAACCCUAGCUUCUUGA